CACAAAAACAUACCCUCACCCAACAACGAGAACUCUGCCUCAUCCUGUAUAAACGAACAUGGAAAACGUGCAAAUGACAAUCCAGAUCCGGAAACACUUACCAGAUAUGAACAUAUUGUUGAAGAAAUUACACAUAAAAAUAUUGUUUUCUUCGAUGCAAUGAAGAGACACUUAGAUAACGUGAAAGCACGUCGAAAUGCUAUGGGUGAGGCGAAGGAUCUGGUUGCUCAAGAAAAUGACAAGCAACACAAGCACGAGAGCGAGAACAAAUGGAAAAGGAGAAACUACGAGACCAGGAGCAGGCCAUGAAAGACGAAGAACACGUGAAUGAGAUUUAGCGACUCAAAAUCAACAUCCAGCUGGCUAAUGAACGAUUCAAUGCUAACGAAUCAAAACCAUGAAGAACACCAAGUCCACACUCAAAUCGCUUAUCAUUUCGCUUACUCCGGACCUAAUGAUGGAGAAAUUGAAACAAAAUCAGGUAAAUUUGUGGAACUCUCUACCAACAAGCAAGCCAUGCGCCCAACACACGCACGGAAUAACACUUCCGAAAUAAUAAUAAUAUAGGGAUCUCAAAGGUCAAAACCCACAAGGAGGCAUUCGUGACAUCCACCGACGUACUCCACACGAAUGUAUUUCAAUGAAGAUAUUCCAGCAGUUCUCGAUCUUCUAGCAUACCCCAAAAUACUGAGUGGCUACCUCAUCACUACCUGGAUCUCAUACACCGCUGCGGACGGUUUAAAUUUUAUGAUUCCUCCAACCGUCUGGCCGAAUUUGAGAGUAUUACUCUGACAGAUUUUCUCACAGUAACCAGCAAAUUUAG